AUGACUCGAACACAAAUUUUUCCGGUGUUUCUCUGCUUGCUGUUCGUCCUCGAUCUUUGCCAAACGAAGAGUCUUGACGGAUUUUUCAGCGAUCAGAUUACUCAUCACAGGAAUCGCAGAAGCUGUGGAUGUCACCGGGGCGGCGGGUACAAUAAUUACGGUGGACGAGGCAUGAUGGGAGGAUAUGGUGCCAGUGGCGGAGGCAGAAUGGGAGGCCUCGGAAUGAGCGGCAUGGGAGGCGGCAGUAUGGGAGGAAUGAACAUGGGAUGA